GAAUCGAGAGCUGGUUGGGCCGGAUUCCGCAAAGCCCACCAUCUUAAUUGGCCUCUCACUCCUUUGCUCCAUCGUCGGCCUCCCCUGACGCCCGUCUCCUCGUCGCCGCCGCCGCCGCCGCCGAGCGCCGCCGCCUAAUCCUCGCCGCAGAUCUGGCAUCCCCCAUGCCCGACGUCAUCUCCGCCCCCGAUGCUGAAACCACCGGCGGCGGCGGCUCGUCGCCGCACGUGGAGAAGCUGAGGAAGAUGCUGUUCCGGAGGAUGCUGGUGGGGGUGAACGACGGGCGCUACUUCCUCGGGCUGUUCCACUGCGUCGACAAGCAGGGGAACAUCCUCCUCCAGGACGCCGUGGAGUACAGGACCAGCGCGCGGCGGCGGUCGCCGUCUUCGCCGUCGUCUUCACCCGCGGAGCAGCGCGGCCUCGGCCUCAUCCUCAUCCCGGCCGCCUGCCGCUCCUCCUGCCAUGUCGACUGCGCCGUCGAGGAGAGCAUGUCGCUCCUCUCUCUCGACAGGUGAAGAUGAAUGAGAUAUACAUAUGCUUCUCUAGCUUUUUUUUUUUACUCUUUUUUUCUGAUUGCAAUAGCUAAUAAACUAGCUUUUCAGCCUUGGAUGAACUUAUGUAUGAAAAUAUUUUUGCUGUGGAUUAAUUUGCUAUCAUUUCUGUCAUAUGGGUUGCUGUUCAUCUUUCACUCCUGUAGUCUGUAGAACAGAACAGAUCAGUGAUAUACUGCUACUGGUUGCAUCUCACUACGGUCAGUUUACUGGCCGAGAGUUCUUCAGUGGGAUUUUAACUGAUGCUGUGUAAAGUAUAUUUGUUUCCUGUUUAUUUAUUUAUAAAAAGCCAUAAACAAAGUGUAUCAACAGGCUUGCAAAGUGGCAAGAUCACUUCUUUUUGUUAGUAACUGCAA